AUGACCGAAUAUACCAAGGAACUCAAUGCGAUCAUCAUCGGCGCCGGCCCAGCAGGCAUUGCUAUGGCCUAUCGCUUGAAGCAUGAUCUUGGGUUUCACGAUUUCACGAUUUACGAUCGGAUGGAAGGCCCUGGAGGUACUUGGAGGGUCAAUUCCUAUCCAGGAUGUGGUUGUGAUCUCAAAUCCCACCUUUAUUCCUUCAGUUUCAAUCAGAACCCCGACUGGUCAAAGGAACUUUGCGAGCAACCUGAGAUUUUACAAUACAUGGAAGACACAGUAGACAAAUUUGACCUACGCCAACACAUUCAUACAUCCAUUGACUGCUAUGGUGCCACUUGGAAGCCAGAUCUGGCAAAGUGGGAAGUGAAACUGAAAGACCUCAAAACUGGGAUUGAAUAUACUCGCCUAGCUUCCGUCUUUGUCUCGGCGGUUGGCGCUUUCUCUGCCCCUCGAGAUGUAACAUUUCCCGGAAUGGAGCUUUUCCAUGGUCCCAUCAUCCACACUGCUCGAUGGGACCACAGCGUCUCAUGGAAAGGCAAGCGCGUCGCCAUCAUUGGCAACGGGUGCAGUGCAGCUCAAGUGGUUCCAGCCAUGGCUAAGGAUGCCGCAUUUAUCAAACAGUAUGCGCGCAGCGGUCAGUGGUUUCACGACCGGCCCAAUCGGAACUACAAUGCUUUGGACAAGUUUGCGUUUCGCUGGAUUCCGCUCUAUCAGCGUUAUGUUCGACUAAAGAUCUUUCUUGAUGCAGAUGAGGAGACCAAGACAUACUUCUCCACUCCGGAGGGACUCAAAGAGAGGGCUCGAGUUGAGGCCGAGUCCAAGAAGUACAUUCGGUCAAAGGUGUCCGAGAAGUACAGCAAGGCCCUCAUCCCUAAUUUCCCAUUGGGAUGCAAACGCCGAGUUUUUGACCCGGGAUAUCUCGAUAGUCUGAAUUUGCCCAAUGUUCAGCUGUUGCCUGAGGGUAUCCAGGAGAUGACAGAGACUGGGAUCAUUAGCAGUUCCGGCGUUAAGGACGACUAUGAUAUCAUCGUCCUCGCCACUGGUUUCAAGGUGUCGGAGUUCCUCAGCUCCAUGGAGAUUGUCGGCUCUACGGGCGUUAGUCUUCAUGAACAAUGGAAGGAAUGCCGUGGAGCUCAGGCUUAUCUCGGCACACACGUUCACAACUUCCCCAACAUGGCAAUCAUUUUCGGCCCAAAUGUAUUCCCAGCCAACAAUUCCGCUUUGUUUGCUUGCGAGACCCAGGUUAACUAUACUAUAAAGUCCCUGUUUGAGCCUCUCAUCGAUCAUCGCGCAACUGUGAUUGAAGUCAAACAGUCUGCAGAGGAUCGCACCACCAAUGCCAUCCAUGAGCAGCUUGGAGCCACAGUCUUCGCUGGCGACUGCUCUAACUGGUAUAUUGGUAAAUUCGGCCGCAACGCUGCUUCUUGGCCAGGCAAGGCCGCUACAUACUGGAUGGCAACACUCUUCCCUGACUGGUCAGCAUUCCACAUGUCGGGUAAAAAUCCCUUCUGGCCGAUAUACACCAUGUUGCGAAACCUAAGGAAUGCUUCUACCACCACCAAACUAGCUCUUGCAGGGUUUGUAGCUUUUGCUUGGUAUUCUAAACAUCUCUCGGCCACGUCUCUUAUCGAGCAUGCUUCCAAUGUGGUGGAUAUAGCGAGAAAGACUCUGUCCGUCUAG